AUGAAGUCUUUUGAACAUGAGGAUUCUGACUCGGGAGAUAAAAAAUCACUAAAGAAAGAGACAUCUUUGCAUAAUGACCCAUAUUCAAUUCCAAAACUUCCAAUAGAUCAAUUGAAACAAGCAGAAAGUUUAUCAAAAGGUGGUGAUGUUGGAAACUCGUCUGGUGCUACUAAGACAAAAGAUCCAUCAGGCGACAAGACCAUCAACUCAGAUCCAAAGGAUAAGUUUAAAAAGAACCCAGCUUUAAUAUUCUUGAAUGACGAGUCAGAUUCAUCUUUCGACUUUACCAAAUCUGAAGGAAUAAAGUCAAUUAAACUCAUGUCAUGGUCAAUAAUGGGAGCUGCGAUUUUGAUUGCUACAAGUGUGGUGUUGGUGUAA